AUGGACGACGUUGAUUCAGCUUUGGUAGAUAAUGUCAAAUCCUUUGCCGCUGGUGGUUUUGGUGGUAUAUGUGCCGUUUUGACUGGUCAUCCUUUUGAUUUAGUUAAGGUGAGAUUACAAACUGGUUUGUAUAAUUCAUCAAUUCAAUGUAUCAAACAAACAAUUGCUAAAGAUGGUUUGACUGGACUUUAUCGUGGUGUUUUACCACCAUUAUUGGGAGUCACUCCAAUGUUUGCUGUGUCAUUCUGGGGUUACGAUGUUGGUAAAAGACUUGUUUCAACAUACACUGGUAAAUCAAUUGAUCAAUUUGAAAUCAAAGAAAUUUCUACUGCCGGGUUUAUUAGUGCAAUCCCAACUACUUUGGUUGCUGCUCCUUUUGAAAGAGUUAAAGUCAUGAUGCAAAUCCAAGAAGGAAAUAAAUCAAAAUCAAUGGCUGGUGUGGUUGCUGAGAUGUACAGAACUGGUGGUCUUAGAUCAAUUUUCAAAGGUUCAGUCGCCACCUUAGCAAGAGAUGGUCCUGGUUCUGCCUUGUAUUUUGCUACCUACGAAUAUUUAAAGAAAGAAUUAUCUUCUCCAGGUCAAGACUUGUCAUUGUUUGCAAUUAUGACUGCUGGUGGAUUUGCUGGUGUUUCUAUGUGGUUGGGUGUCUUCCCAAUUGAUACUAUUAAAUCAACACAACAAUCUUCAAAUGUUCCAAUCUCAAUAAUACAAACUACGAAAAACAUCUAUGCCAAAGGUGGUAUUAAAGCCUUUUUCCCAGGUGUUGGUCCAGCAUUAGCAAGAUCGUUCCCUGCAAAUGCUGCAACUUUCUUGGGUGUGGAGUUGGCUAGAAAAGCAUUAGACCUGGUUAUAUAA